AUGGCAAGUUUCAAGUUAUGGGUUUGCCUUAUCAUACUUCUACUCGAGUUCUCAGUGCAUCAAUGCCGACCACUGGUUGUGGAAGCGAGGGCUUCAGAUUCAGGUAACAUCAGAAAGAUUUUGAGAGAACUUCUCAAGAGAUCAGAAGAGCUGAAGGUGAGAUCUAAAGGCGACGAAACGGUCCUAGGCAAUACCCUUGAUUCAAAGCGGCUCAGCCCGGGUGGACCGGACCCUAGGCAUCACUAA